AUGGAGCCUCAACCCUGGGAAGAUCUGGAGAAGCCCACCGAUCCCUUGCGCACCGUCAAGGAUUUGGCUGCGGGCGCUGCGGGUGGUAUCGCUCAGGUUCUUCUGGAUAUCGUCAAGGUCCGCUUGCAGACCACCAGCCAGUACAAGAGUGCCCUAGAUGGCGCUACUCAGAUCUUCAAGAAGGAGGGUCCUCUUGCUUUCUACAAGGGAACUCUGACUCCUUUGAUUGGUAUCGGUGCCUGCGUGAGUGUUCAGUUCGGCGCAUUCCACGAGGCGCGUCGUCGCCUCGAGGAGCUGAACAAGAAGAAGUAUGCCGAUUCGGCCCUCUCUUACACACAGUAUUUCAUGGCUGGUUCGUUCGCCGGUGUCACCAACUCGGUGCUGUCGAACCCGAUCGAGCACGUGCGUAUCCGUCUGCAGGCGCAGCCGCACGGCGCCGGCCGCCUCUACUCUGGCCCCAUUGACUGCGUUAAGAAGCUGUCCGCCCAUCAGGGCUUCUUGAAUGGUGUCUUCCGAGGCCAGGCUGUUACCAUUCUGCGUGAGGCUACCGCUUACGGAUCGUGGUUCAUGGCCUUUGAGUACAUGAUGAACCAGGAUGCUAAGCGCAACAAUAUCAAGCGUGACGAUAUCUCCGCUCUCAAGGUCGCUACAUAUGGUGGUCUGGCCGGUGAGGCCCUUUGGAUUACUAGCUACCCGUUCGAUGUUGUCAAGAGUAAGAUGCAGACUGAUGGCUUCGGCGAGAACAUGAAGUACAACAGUAUGCGUGACUGCUUCAAGAAGGUCUACGCCGCGGAGGGCUUUGGUGGCUUCUGGAAGGGUAUUGGUCCUACCUUGCUCAGAGCUAUGCCUGUCUCUGCCGGUACUUUCGUCGUUGUCGAGCUUGCCAUGAAAGCCUUGGGAUAG